AUUUCCAAUCUUGGUCAAGACAAAACAAACAGAAGGAAACUUGAAAAACCACUAAAAACCAUUGGCGCCCAACUGUUUAUCACCUCAAACUCAAAGUUUCUAUUGUCUUCCUUUCUCCUUGGCUCUCUUUUUUUCUUUCUAUUAAAUAGAAAAUGAGGAUAUUCAACACUCUCAUGAACCUGCAAAAGAAAUGGCAAAAAAUCUACACCACCACCAUCAACAUCAGAGCAAGAACAACAGUUGCACGAAAUUUGUAGUUAUUCUGUCUUCUGCCUGUCUUUUGGGACUGGCUUGCAUUGCAAAUCUCUUGUGGGCAUCUUCCUUUUCAUUUUCCUCCGCAUAUCUUAGCAUUGCAUCCAAUUGGGUUCCUCAGAAACCUCGUAUCUUUGUCGUGCCGAGUGCUGAAGAAGAACCCAACAUUGUUGCUGGCAAGAUAGGGAAUGGGAUUGAGAAAAGAAAGAAGGAACGUGUUUCUGAGAGAUUCCUAUCAGCAACAUUUGCGGAUUUACCAGCACCAGAUUUGCCAUGGGAACAGAUGCCAUCAGCACCAGUUCCACGUCUUGACGGAUCAGCAAUACAGAUUAAGAAUCUUUUCUAUGUUCUUUCAGGAUAUGGCACCCUUGACUAUGUGCACUCUCAUGUUGAUGCCUUUAAUUUUACUGAUAAUACAUGGUGUGGGAGAUUUGAUACGCCAAAAGACAUGGCGAAUUCGCAUCUAGGAGUGGCAAGUGAUGGGAGAUACAUAUAUGUGGUCUCAGGUCAAUAUGGCCCCCAAUGUAGGAGCCCUACUGCUCGAACUUUUGUCCUGGACACUGAGACAAGGAAAUGGCGCAGCCUGCCUCCUUUACCAGCCCCCAGGUAUGCUCCAGCAACUCAGUUAUGGAGGGGCAGACUCCAUGUGAUGGGGGGCAGCAAAGAAAACCGCCACGCACCUGGAUUGGAGCACUGGAGUAUAGCAGUAAAAGAUGGCAAAGCAUUGGAGAAAGAGUGGCGGACUGAGAUCCCAAUUCCUCGUGGGGGACCACAUAGGGCUUGUGUUGUGGCCAAUGACCGGCUCUUUGUAAUUGGUGGUCAAGAGGGAGAUUUCAUGGCCAAACCUGGAUCUCCUAUCUUCAAAUGUUCACGCAGGCAUGAGGUGGUCUACGGUGAUGUUUACAUGCUAGAUGCUGAAAUGAAAAAAUGGGAAGUGUUACCUCCAUUGCCAAAACCAAACUCCCAUAUAGAGUGUGCUUGGGUAAUUGUCAACAAUUCAAUCAUAAUUACAGGAGGUACAACAGAAAAGCACCCAGUGACCAAAAGGAUGAUCUUGGUUGGGGAGGUUUUCCAGUUCCAUUUAGAUUCAUUGACGUGGUCAGUGAUUGGAAAGCUUCCUUACCGUGUGAAGACUACCCUAGCUGGUUUCUGGGAUGGAUAUUUGUAUUUUACAUCUGGACAGCGAGACAGAGGACCAGAUAACCCACAGCCGAGGAAGGUCAUUGCAGAGAUGUGGAGAACCAAAUUGAAUUUGUGAUUAAAUUUGUUUGCCCUUUCUGGAAAUACAAAUCUUAGGUCAAGUAUUUUUAUUCAAUUAUUUUUUCGUCCAAUAUUGAUUUCUGGUAAUUAGACAAAUUAUACAUCAGAAAUUUUUGUUAGCAUCAUCUGUACAUUGCCAUGGAUAAUUAAAACUGGAUUUGUAUUCUUCUAUAACCAUUUUUACCUUUAAACCUUUGGUUAUCAACAGUGAAACAGUACUAUCACUGUGUUAAUUAGAAAGCUGCCCAGGUAUUGGU